GAUGAAAUACACAUUGAAACCCCUAAUCUUGGGAGCUGAGGUUGAGGGAAUCAAGCUAUCAGAAACCAUACCACACUCCACAGUAGAAUCUCUGAAAGAGGAUGUCACAAAACACAAGUUGCUUGUUUUCAGGGAUCAAGGCAAGUUGACAGCAGAGCGGCAGGUUGAAAUAACAGAAUGGUUCGGAGAACUUGAAACUGUAGGAUUUGAAUGUCAUCCUAAAUGCAGUCAUCCCAAGGUCCUAAGAUUGUCUAAUGAUGCCACAGAGGGGUACAAAGGUUUUGGCAAUAAGGGCUUUCAUAUUGAUGGUUCUUUCCUGGAGAAGCCUAAUUCAUAUUCAAUCUACCACAUAAUAACUCCUAACAGAGGAAAAACAAUAUUUGUCUCUCUGAAUGCAGUCUGGAAAGGCCUGUCUAAGCAGCAGAAACAGAAGUGGAAAGAGUUAUAUGUGGUCAAGAAGUGGGGUCGGGAUAAACAAGGUAACAGGAUGCCCCCUGGAUCAAUUGUUCACCCCCUGGUCUACAGACAUCCACUAACACAUGAAAAGACAUUAUGUGUUCACCUAGGAAAGACAGCUUACUUUAAUUAUCGCUACAAACAACCAGAUGAGAGACUACUGAAUGAAGAAGAAAGUGCAGAAAUAAUUCGGGAGAUAAAGAAGCAGUUUGAUAGAAAUAAUAAAGAGUUGCAGUAUGGACAUGAGUGGCAGCCUGGUGACUUCAUCAUUACAGACAAUUUAGCUCUGGGACAUGUCGCAGAUGAGGCAACCCAGCAAGAUCCAAGUGUGGUUGGGCUGAGGAUAUUACACAGGACAGUUACCAAAGGAACACAUAGACCAGUUUCAUGUGCAAGUUCCACAACAAAAUGUAAACUUUUAUGACCAUCAUCUUAUAAAUAUUGGUGAUACAUUAGUUGUAAUGCAUAUGAACAGUGCACUAGUAAGGAUGACAAUAUGGACCUACAAGUUCCAGCCAGAAAUGUUUUAAACGGGCAAAACAAUGUGAGCUCAAAUGAAUGGAAAUGAUAAUCUAUGAUAGUUUAAAACCAAUUGGACAGUCAGAAUCUUGUAAAAUUUACUUUCUUUGCCACAUUGUAAUUCUUAUAGCAACAAUUUUUAGAAUCUCACUAUUUAUUUUUAAUAAACUAAAAGUGCAAUAUUAAACAAAACAUCAUAUUUGGUUCCUCAAUCCCAAUUUGUACUUCAUGUACGUUUUUUCUUUAUUGAAACAACUUAUUUACAUACGUACAUUGUUUCUUGCAUUUUAAUAUUUCAUGUCACACAACUUCAACAUCAUUAUGGUUACUAUGUCAACAGCUGUCCAUAGUAACACUAUGAGCCCUUAGUUACCAAAAGCGUAUGUUACAUGCGUACAAUCUAUGCAUGGCGUACAAUCAAUGCAUGGCAUACAAAUCAAUGCUAAACACAAAAUGAGACUAUAUCUAGUUUCCAAAACUAUAUAUACAUAAAUGUGAUAUACAUUAACAUCAUAGCGAAUUACUAGGUCCCAGGACACAUAUAAACUCCUAUUCUGUAUUAUUUACACUAUAUUAGGCCCUGUUGCCUAGUAGCUCCCCUGAUGCAAGUCACUAUGACAGCUGUUGCUAUGGAAACCACAUAUUACUAACAGCAGUAAAUGCUUGCUGCCUAGUUUUGGAUAAAUGAACCUUCGUGGUGGCUAGAGACAUGAAUAGGCUGGCCUGUUGACCUGUUGACAGGUAUUGCACAGACACGUUACAGGCCAUACAAAAUGUCUACAUAGCUAAUGCUGAUGUCACUAUGACUUUUACAAAAAUAGUAUUGUCCUUGUUAACAACAAUAAUAAUGUACAAUUGGCAAAUAUUGAGGUAUAGUACUUACAUGUGAUUAAAUGUGGAGAAACUGUACAUUUACAUUUUUUGCAGUUUUCUUGAAAAAAUUACUUGACCAUAAUCACAUAUUACAACUUUUGUAAUAUGAAAAGUAAUAAUUACAAUAUAUUCCUGAUUUGUACUCCCAAACUUUCUGAAUACUUUGUACUGGUAGUAGUACAAUUAUACAUCUCAAUAAAUAAUAA